CAACUCACUUGUAUUCUACUACACUGUAUCCCCUCUUUCUCUCUCUCUCAUGCUUUUCUUUUUCCUUUCUUCCCUGCUCUCUCUGCUGGGUCCCUUAGCCUGCUAACACAGCACAUUCACACUCUUCACAGCUGGAUCAUUAUUAAAUCAAACUUCCUCAACCAGCAACAACAAUAAACUUCAUCUUCCUCGUUCAUCUCAUAACGGCUUCACUCUCUCUCUCUAAACCCUCUCUCUCUCUAAACCCCGUUUUCUCUGGUUUCCCUCUCCGAUGGCUAAACCUACAGAAGAUGCUGAGCUCGAUGCUGAGUUGGACGCCGCGUUCGGCUUCCCUUCUGAGUUCCCCUACGAGUUUGACUCGUUCGGAGCUGAACCGGUUGACUCGAAUGAGACAGAGAACAGCGACGAGGAGGAGGAUUUCUUCGCCGGCUUGACUCGCCGGCUGAGUCACGAAACUCGGAAGCAGCAGCAACUCACUGUUCCCAUGGCUGAGAGUAAGGACAAGACUCAGCAAGCCAUGGCUGGCUCGCCUCAGUCUACGCUCAGCGGGAUCGGAGGCUGGUCUGGUUGGAGCGACGGAAGCCCAAACGGGUCGACCCGGGUACCGUCGCCGACGACGACGUCGCUGUCUGAAAACGACGCCUGGGAUGUGUUGUCCGCCGCCGCGGGGCAGGUGGCAAGGUUGAAGAUCACCGGCGAGGCUUCCGGGCUUGAUUUCCAAAACAGAGGACAACUGGGUAGCAGUGGCGGCGGCGGCGGCGGUAGUAGAAGUGCCUUUCCCCCACCCAUUGCGGUGGGGAAUCGCCACACACCGUUGAAUCUCUCUCAGAUUCAGUACCAGCAGGUGGAGAAGACGCAGCCACAGUGUGGUUCUGUGUGGGGAAGACAAGCCAAGAGCACCACCACCUGGUCAACUCAGCAGGUUCAGGUUCAGAACAGAGUGCGUGAUUUGGGGUAUGGCUAUGAGAAUGCAAAAUGCGUGCGCCCUUUGCCUCGUUCUUCAUGGCACCCACUUCAGGUCAAGCUUCAAAACCACCAGCCACCGUUUGGCGGAUCCGGGUCAGGGUCACGACCCGGGUCACAGGGUGGAUCUGGUGUGAAAAGGGGUUGUGCUGGAACAGGGGUGUUCUUACCUCGACAAUAUGGGGCCCCUCCUCCGGAAUCUUGCAAGAAAACAAAUUGUGCACCUGUUCUGGUUCCAGCUAAGGUGAUCCAUGCUCUGAACAUGAACAUGAACAUUGAUGAACUUAAUGCUGCUAGACAACCACGCCUCUUGAAUGAUCUUGGUGUGGAUUAUGAUGCUUUGAUUGCAAGAAGGAAUGCUAUUCUCAUGCAGCAGAGAUUAAUCUUGCAGCGAAAAGAGGCUGCGAGCUAUGAAAUUCGCUUGCCUCAGGAAUGGACUUACUAACUCCAUUGAUGAUACUUCAAAACAAGAUUCAAUUCCUUUAGUAGUGAAGCUAUUAGUAUUAGGGUUGUGGUAGGAAAUUUUAGCAAUUUAGCUUAUUUUUUCACUAUUAAUAUAUGAAGAUGAUGAUGAAGAAUGUGUUUGGGCUAGUUUAGUUGCAAUAAAUCAUCCGGUUUUUGUGAGAUGCAGCUUUUGGGACCUGUUUGUUAGAUGGAGAAACAGUGAACUGAAAUAUAGUAGUUAGGGUUGAUUAUUGAUAUAAUAAUUAUUGUUUGUAAUAAGGUUAGGGGGUCGUUUUCUUCCAUUUUGAAUCAUGUUGGUGGAAGAAGGGUAAAGUGCUUUAUGUUAGAAUUAGCAAAGGAAAAAGUGUUGAAAGAUUGCCCAUAAGUCUUUGUAGAAGCUCUUGCUGGUUAAAGAAUAGUAUGUAAUAAGUUAUGCUAUUUGUAGUAAUGAUACUCUUGUGUAAUUGCCCAUGA